CAAGAAACUCUGAAAACACUGUAUCUUCUUAUUGAUAGGUACACAUAGCAUCUGUCGAUCAUCAGUGCUGAUCCAUUCAAGUCCGACUUUUUUUUUCUCUUUUUUUGGAUGGAGCCAGUUUUUUUUUUUUUUUUCCUGUUCUCCUUUCCUUUCUUUUUUAUGAACCAUUCCCUUUACUAUAUUCGGUUUUUGAAACCACCACCUUUGACAUGUGAAUACCAUCAACCUUUCAAUAUUGUUUGGACAAUUGAAAAUGAUCUAGGCGAUAGUUCUUUUCAGGCACCAUUAUCCUUGCGGUGCGAUACCAAUGUGAAAGGCAUUACUGCCCAGUGCGUUGCCAACAACAACAACAGGAAGAAGAAAACGGAUGCACCUUUAUCAACAUUUGAUUAUCAACCUUAUCAUGGAGGUCCCAUGGUCACUCGGAUCUCACUUGUCCCAACAAGUCAUCGUCCAUCAUCAAAUGUUCAACUCUUUUUUUCUUUGGCACAUGAACAUAGAUCUGGUCCCGUUCAUCCUGUUUGGUAUCAAGCCUAUCCUCAUCAUACCAGUAAUAACCACACCACUGUUUGGAUUCUUCCUCUUUGGUCCAUGCCUAUUCAAUUAACAAUGCCAAAGCAAUCUUUACCGUAUGUCAAGGAUCCAGCCGGCGGUCAUCAAGCACAACGCUGGGUACAAACACCUCAACAGCAUCUACUCCGCAUUUGUGAAGAUACAGAACAAAGUAUUGCAAGACAUGUAUGGGAUUGUGGAUUGGCAAUGUGUGAUUUUAUUACGAAACAUCGAAAGGAAAUCAAAUGCGAAUAUGUCCUGGAAUUAGUGGCACAGGAUUGGUGGGACUAUUUGCUGCGCAGGUGUUAAAACCAACCAUGAUGUGUUUGACUGAUUUACCCGAUGCUACGACAAUAAUGCAACAAAACAUCUCAGCAAUAACAACAACAACAAUUGUGGAAGCCAAAGUACUUUCGUGGGGUCCCAAGGUAUACAAGGAUAAUGGAUGGCUCGGCGA